GCGACACCCUCGCCGUGCCCUCACCAAGAUGGCGACACCCCCGCUGUGCCCUCACAAGAUGGCGCGGGGCGGGGCGGGGUCGCUCGUAACCGCCGGAAGGGAUUUGUUGGCAGCCGGUUCCCAGCCCAUCAUGGCGGAGGGUGCUGAGGAGGGGCAGAAGCUGGCGGAGCUGCUGGCGGUGGGCUGGCAGCUCUGGGAAGAGCUGGAGACCGACACCGCGCCGUCCUCGGGCAGCCCGGCUGUGCAGGAUAAGGUGCGGCAGGGGCUGGACGUCCUGCGGCGGGCGAACGCCAUGGUGGCGCAGCUGGAGCUGUUCAGUGAGAACGAGGAUCUGGAGGAGAUCGCCUCGGCCGACCUGAAGUACCUGCUGCUGCCCGCCUUGCUGGGGGCCAUGACGCUGAAGCAGGUGGACCUGGACAAGAGGCUGGAGCACCUGGAGAGCGCCCGGGCCCACUUCUGGAGCUUCCUCAAGCUCUGCAAGAGCUACGGGCUGGGCAGCUUCCACCUGCCCCCCGCCACCAGCCCCCCGGCAGAGGAGGCUGACAGGAGCCCGCCCCGCAGGAGCCCUGCUGCCGUCCAGGACAAGCUGGUGGCCAUGGCGUCGAGCAGGCAAGCCAAAAUUGAAAGAUAUAAGCAGAAGAAGGACCUGGAGAACAGGUUGGCCUCUAUGAAAAGUUCUGUGGACAGCGGGCAAGCAGAUGAGGAGCAGAUACGGGCGUUUUAUAUCCUACAAACCCAGAAGUGGAUCAACACCAGCCUGGAGGAAAUUGAAAGUGUUGACCAAGAAAUAGUCAUAUUGAGGAGCAGAGGUACAGUGAAACAGUCUUCAGCACCACCACACGGUACUUCUCGGCAAGUCAGGCCUCCAAUGAAGCCUUUCAUUCUCACCCGGGAUGCUCUGCAGAAUAAAGUGUUCGGUGCUGGUUAUCCCAGCCUGCCUGUAAUGACUGUGGAUGACUGGUAUGACCAGCGCAGAAGGCAAGGAGUGGUGUCUGGUCAGAGCACACCUCCAGAUCUAACUGAUGAAGAGUUGCAGAAGCAGCAGGAGAAAAAAGAGGAGGAGGAUGAUGAGGAAGCUCUUCAGAAAGCUCGGAACAUGGAUGACUGGAAAGAUACACACCCAAGAGGCUAUGGCAACCGGCAUAACAUGGGCUGAUGCUCUUGCUGCAGAGGGAGCAUGUCCUGGAAAUCUGUAAGAAUAGCCAGUGUCCUGGCAGUACAGGAGUAAAGACACUGUACAUAUGCAGAGGUAUCCAUGGCUUCUCUGGGAGGCAGGGAAUUGGAUGAGUAAACAUGACCGCUUGUUUUGGUUUACAUUAAAUGUUGGACUGAGUGCACUGAUUAUGUACAGUGACGCCACAGAGCUCCUGUCAGGUGGAGCUCUUUCCGAGGGGUCAGACUGCCUCUGUUCUCCCAGUCAGAGGAAGUCCUUGCAAGAAAAGUACAUGAAUUUGGAAAC